AUGCGGCUAAUCCGUGAAACAAAACCUGCACGAAACCCGGACGCGUUUUUGUUUAUCCCCAUGCUUGCGUGCGGCGUAGCUGCUAGGAACGAGAAAGAUCGCGAAACAUUCAAACAGCGGAUUCUUGCCGUUCGAGAGUGUUCAGUUCCUGGGAUCGUUGGGAACGGGGGCGUUCAUGUUCUCCAAGACAUCUGGGCGCGAACGGACCUUGAGGGUCGGCCUGCUAUCUGGGCAGACUUUAGCAUAUCGUAUAAACGGGUUGUUGAUAAGAUCUUUGUACUAUUCUUUUCUCCUUACACUCUUUGGCCGGCCUCCCUUGUGAUUAUUGGACUUGUCGUUCAUAUUGUCUCUCGUCGUCGCCGGCUUUUCAUUCAGCUCCCGGGUCCACCAAAUACGGCAUGGGUUCGAGGUCAUUUCUCGAGUCUCUUAGGCUCCCGUGGUGUUGAGUUUCAGGACGAGAUGGUUGCAGAGUAUGGUCCGACUCUCCGACUUUACGGUGGAUUUGGGGAGGAGCUCAUAUUCACGGUGGAUCCUUUGCUCAUACAUCAUGUGUUGGUUAAAGAACGAGCCAAAUUCGAUCGGCCCGUUGCCUCUCGACUACUUCUUCGUUCGGUGUUUGGUGGUGGUUUGUUAGCAAAAAGCGGUGACGAGCAUCGGGCUCAUCGAAAGAUGCCAAUUUUUAUGGGCAUUGCUAAACAAACUUGCGAGGGAAUAAAAAAAGAUAUUGCUUCAUCGAAGAAUCUUUCAAAAGAAAUCGACAUCUUCCCUUGGGCAACGCUUGCUGCACUUGAGCUAGUCGGAGAGGCUGGACUGGGAUAUUCAUUUAGCUCUUUCACUGGCGAGCGAAAUGAAUAUCAUACCGCGAUCAAAAGCGUGAUGCAGGUUCAUAGAACAUCUUCCCUUCGCCGUUGGGUACUGAAGCAUAUUCCACACCAUGAUAUUCAACAAUUACAACAUGCCGUAGAAAUUCAGAAUCAGCAAGCAGAGGAAGUAAUCCGCAAACGCCAAGCGCUUAUUGCGUCUGGUGACGACUUAUUGACUCAAGCUGGUCGUGGUCGGGAUAUCAUGACCCUAUUGAUGAAGGCAAAUGAAACGACGGGAUCAAAGUUUCAUGUUAGCCAACAAGAUAUGGUUGGACACAUGAAUACCUUUGUAUUUGCCGGUCACGAAACUACAAGUACAGCUGUGGCUCAUAUUCUUGAUAUACUUGCACAAAAACCUCGAGUUCAAGUGAAGUUGAGGGAGGAGAUCAAAGAAUACUUCGAGAAGAAUUCAAAUGAUAGUCACUAUGAUGACCUCCUUGAGUUACCCUAUCUUGACGGCGUUGUGCGAGAGACGCUUAGGCUGCAUGGGCCAGCCCCGUUCCUUAAUAGAAUAUGCGAAGAAGAUACAGUCCUUCCGCUCAAGUACGAAGUCAGGACACCUUCUGGCACGUUGACCAGUAUCCCAAUCAAGAAGGGUACUGGAAUACUUAUAGGCGUUUCUGCUUCGAACAAAUACAAAAGAAUUUGGGGUGAGCGUGCACAUGAGUACUUUCCUGAAAGGUGGAUUGGAAGCAAGAUUGAGGAUAUUCUGAAACCUGGAGCUCGUCUACCAGGAAUUUAUUCAUCCACAGCGAAGGACAUUGGUAUCACACUGGCUUCACAAGCAAAUCAACGGAAUAUUGAUUACAGCCCUGUUGUGUAUCUCGAGUUCAUCUACAUCUUUGUAGCAGAAAAUGCGAGAACCUGCUUCUUAUGUUCUUCAGGGAUCGUCGGGGGCCGCAUUUGGCUUGUCUCAUUCGUGAUCAUUGUACUCAUCACACAUAUCGUCUCUCGUCGUCGCAAGCUUUUGGUUCAGCUCCCAGGCCCACCACCUACUGGGUGGAUUAAAGGUCAUUUCUCAGAUCUCAUAGGUCCCCGUAGCGUUGAGUUUCAGGAUGAGAUGAUUGCACAGUACGGUCCAACACUCAAGCUUUAUGGAGGAUUUGGGGAAGAGCUCAUAUUCACAGCAGAUCCAUCAAUUAUGCAUCAUGUUUUGGUUAAGGAGCGAGCCGCAUUCAAACGGCCGGCUGGCGCGCAACUGCUCAUUCGCUCAGUAUUUGGAGGCGGUCUGUUGGCACAAAGCGGCGAUGAGCAUCGAGUUCAUCGAAAGCUUCUCAACCCGGUGUUCACGAUGAGAUUCUUACGAGAACUGGUAAAUGCUUUUGAUAACAUGCCAAUCUUUAUGGAUAUUGCUAAGCAGACUUCCGAGGGAAUAAAGAAAGAUAUCGCUUCGUUUAAGGGUCCUUCAAAUGAAGUUGACGUCUUCCCUUGGGCAACAGUUGCUGCACUUGAGCUGGUUGGGGAAGCUGGACUUGGGUAUUCGUUCAGUUCUUUCACCGGCGAGCGUAACGAAUAUAAUAUUGCUAUCAAGAGCGUCAUGCAGGUUUUUAGCAAGAUGGGCCCCUUCAUGAAAGUGCUUCCCUAUGUAUAUCGCAUGGGAACACCUUCAUUUCGCAGUUGGAUACUAAAACACAUCCCUCACAAUAACAUUCAACAAUUGCUACAUGCUGUGAGGAUCCAAAACGAGCAAGCAGAGGAAGUCAUACGAACCCGUCAAGGACUUAUUUCGUCUGGCGAGGAUUUGUCGAGUCAGGCUGGUCGCGGGCGGGAUAUCAUGACCUUGUUAAUGAAAGCAAAUGAAGCAACAGGGUCACAACACCAUGUUAGUCGACAAGAAAUGGUUGGGCAUAUGAAUACCUUUGUAUUUGCUGGGCAUGAAACUACAAGUACUGCUGUAGCCCGUAUUCUUGACAUACUUGCACAAAAACCCCGAGUUCAAGUGGAGCUGAGAGAAGAGAUUAGGAAAUAUUUCGAGAAAAACCUAAGCGAUACUAAUUAUGAUGGCCUCCUUGAGUUACCCUAUCUCGAUGGCGUAGUGCGCGAGACACUUAGGCUUCACGGUCCAGUCACACUCCUUAAUAGAAUCUGUGAAGAAGAUAUAGUCCUUCCACUUCACUAUCCAAUCGAGACGCCUGCUGGUAAACUGACUAGCAUCCCAAUCAAGAAGGGUACAAGAGUAUUUGCGACGAUUUCUGCUUCGAAUCGAUAUGAAAGAAUCUGGGGAGAGCGUGCAAAGGAAUACUUGCCAGAAAGGUGGAUCGAAAGCAAGAUUGAGGAGGUCACGCAGCCUGGAGUUCAUCUGCCGGGCGUUUAUUCAUCCAUGAUGACAUUUGGCGCGGGUUCCCAUGCGUGCAUCGGAUUCAAAUUUGCCAUCAUGGAGAUUAAGGUGAUGAUUGCUGAGCUCAUCAAGGACUUCAAGUUUGAGCCGUCUCAAGAAGAGCAUGACUGGGAGGGUUAUUCCGGAGACCGGUACUUCAUUCUACUGGAACGCGAAGCACCUGCUCAUACUUUGACUAAAGGGCAGGCUGUUUGGCUUUCAUGGUUUGUGAUUGUAGGGUUCAUUGUUCGCACGGUCUCGCGUUGGCGUAGGCUUUUGAUUCAGCUUCCGGGCCCACCAGCUACUGGAUGGAUUAAAGGUUUUCCUUGCCAUAUCGUAAUCAGUAAUACUCACAUUGCAUUUCAAGACGAGGUUGUUGAAAAAUACGGUCCAACACUCAAACUUUAUAGUGGAUUUGGGGAAGAGUUUAUAUUCACGGCAGAUCCGUCAAUCAUAUAUCACAUUUUGGUCAAGGACCGUGCUAAAUUUGAACGUACGGCUGGUGGUCGACUUCUACUUCGUUCGAUUUUUGGAGGUGGUUUGUUCGCACAAAGCGGUGAUGAACAUCGGACCCAUCGAAAGAUGCCGAUCUUUAUGGAUAUCGCCAAACAAACCUCUAACGGAAUCAUGAAAGACCUAAAUGAAUCCAAAAGCUCCACAAAAGAGCUCGAUGUUUUCCCUUGGGCCACAGCUGCUGCAUUGGAACUUGUUGGAGAAGCCGGACUUGGGUACUCGUUCAGUUCUUUCACUGGUGAACGUAAUGAGUAUAAUAUCGCUAUCAAGAGCGUCAUGCAGGUUCUUAGCAAGAUGGGCCCCUUCAUGAAAUUGGAUACUAAACACAUCCCUCACAAUAACAUUCAACAAUUGCUACAUGCUGUGAGGAUCCAAAACGAGCAAGCAGAGGAAGUCAUACGAACCCGUCAAGGACUUAUUUCGUCUGGCGAGGAUUUGUCGAGUCAGGCUGGUCGCGGACGGGAUAUCAUGACCCUGUUGAUGAAAGCGAAUGAAGCGGAAGGAUCGGAGUCUCAUGUCAGUCGGCAAGAAAUGGUUGGGCACAUGAACACCUUUGUGUUUGCUGGCCACGAGACUACAAGCACGGCUGUAGCCCGUAUCCUCGACGUGCUUGCGCAACAGCCCCGAGCCCAAGUGAAGUUGAGGGAAGAAAUCAGAGAGUACUUUGCGAAGAAUUCAAACGACACCAUUACGAUAGCCUCCUUGAAUUACCGUACCUUGACGGUGUAG